AUGGCCGACCGCAAUGUCUCGCAGAUUCUUGGACAGCUGAAGCAUUCCCCGUCGAUGAGCUAUCCUGAAGCAAAUUCCCUUCUUUCCAAGGCCAAGCUCGCGCUUCUAAGCCUAAAUGCCCUUACCCCGAGUCAAUCGGCCUCGCCACAGCUGCUCGCUCUUGCGCGCGAGACCUUCGAGCAAGGCGCUCUCUUCGCCAUUCGAGCGCGCAACCCUGAAGCCUUCACACGCUAUGUGCAGCAACUCCAACCUUUCUAUGAACUUCCCUCGGCGACUCUUCAGCCUAACUUACCCGAGAGAAAUAAAGUCACUGGUCUGAGCCUUCUCCUUCUUUUAACUCAGGGUCGGUAUGCCGAAUUUCAUUCCGAGUUGGAGGGUCUUGCGAAUCGAGACGGCGGAGGCAGCUCUGGGGAUGUGGAAGGCGAUCGAUACCUAGGAUACCCUAUCCGAUUGGAGAGAUGGUUGAUGGAGGGCAGUUAUGACCGUGUAUGGAAAGCCAUGAAGAGCAGUGAGGUGCCAUGUGACGAAUAUGGCGUGUUUUCAGAGAUUUUGAAGAACCAGAUCCGGUCUGAGAUUGCAAGCAGCAGCGAACGCGCAUACCCAAGCCUGCCGAUUAGCUCCACCAAAUCGCUAUUAUUUCUUGAGUCCGAAGGUGAUGUAGUUCAGUUUGCGAAGCAGAGAGGCUGGGUGCUCAGAGACGGACACAUUUACUUCCCAGCCUCAGCAGACCAGAGCGAAGACAGCAACUUGGGGAAGGAUGUAAGCCAGGUGGUAAUUGAGAAUACUCUAGGAUAUGCUCGGGAAUUGGAGACUAUUGUGUAA